UCGUCGAAACUUUCUUCACAAACGCUUGUAAAUCGGCUUUUUUUCGGUUUAUUGUUCGGUUUAUUGACGGUAAAGGGCUUUCCGUUUAUGACAGGCCAGGCAACUCAUAACCGUUUAUCUUGUGCUAUACAAAAAAAUUACCUCUAAAACAUCACGCCGAUGUUUACCAUUUAAUAUUAUAUCCGGCAAUGAAUAUUUCAAGAUUAACCAAAAGAUAUCCGUUACUGGAUGUCAGGAAAUUGUAUGAAAAUAAAAGUUGAAUGUUCAGAAUGUUUCCCUGUGUGCAUGGAUAAUGUAUUGUUGUUAAUUGUUAGUUUUAUUAACUAAACGCGGAAUAGACCACUCGAAGCGUCUCCAGGUUGAGACAGCCGUUAGCCACGCUCUAGUCGUCUCGGACGCAUGAGUCAGAGUGAGGGCGUCAUCUCGGUGGCUGCAAGUCCGUUUCGUUUCGGUCGCAAUCAGCCCCCGAAAGCGCAAGGGUAGUGAAUAUUUGGCGCUCGACAUGUUUACGUUGUGCAUGUCGCGGAGUUCUCCGCCCUUACAGGAUAACUGCAACAAAAACAGCACAAGGAAGAAACAAAUAAAAGGAGGCUAUUUGCUACGCUACAAAAAGGGAUUCUUUUGCAAGGCAUGGUGCGAAGAAUGGGUAGUCCUCUACGAAGAUUCAACCUUGGCUUGGUUCGCGGAUAAAAGUCUGAGCAGACCAAGGGGUUUUGUGAGAAUAAGUGACGCACCCGAUCUGUUGGCAGUUGGUGAGUGGACGAGGCAGGUACCAAGAAGACCAAGACUUUCGAAAGCGUGCCAUUUCGGACAACUUCUCGCAGUGGGAUGCAGAAGGAUGCACCAAAUCCAUUGGCUCAUGGCGGCGACGCCAGCAGAGAUUAAUGACUGGAUGACGGCCAUCAGCAACACGCUUCCACCUCCUCCACAACUGCCUCUCGAAGACAAACGUGUCGCCCUCAUGCAUCAUCAACAAGACUUCCCUAAUGGCCGUGCGGCGAUGGUUCCGAAUGGAGUUUGCAAUGGCAAUUGUCCUUCGGAGGAUGCGCAACCUAAAGCUGUUUCACGAGCCACUAAUAACCACAUCAACAAACCAAGAAAAGAGGCAGCUACUAAAAGAAAUUACGACAACGAUCACACGGUGAUAGAAGGAGUCGUGAUCGACUGGGGUCACGGCUGGGGUUGGAGUCAAGAAGUGGCCACUCACACCUCUUACAUACCCGACACUACCACAACGAUCAGUUCGACGGUAUUCUGUCACAGCGCCGAAGAUUACAAUAUGGGCGGCUACGACGAUAUCGAUUGGAGUGCUUUCGGCGAUUUUUGUUUUUAAGACCAAUUCGUAAACGCACAAGCUACAACGGUGACGAGGAUUGACGUUUCCUAAAAAGAGCCGAAUUUUGAAAACUAUAUUUUUCCCGGAUAUUUUUUAACAUCAAUUUACAAAAAAGUAGGGUAGCGUGUCGUGUGUCGAGAGCGUGAAAAAUAUUCUCUCUCAUGACAAAUAGAUCCAAACGUUAUAUUUUUUUAACAGUUGAGCGAUAUUUAUUUCAAUUAAGGGUCGACAAUGGUCGGCGGGAUAAUUUAUAUGCAAUGGUGAACCAAUUUCGAUCGUAACAAUUUUAUAUAUACGUUAUUAAGCUUAAAAAGGCACCAGUGGGCUAAACUUCGAUUCUAGCAUAUAAAAAAUAGCAUUUCAAAAAUACUUUAUAUCAACAACGUUUAUUAACGUGAACGUGAAAUUUAUAUAUGUAUAGGAUUAUCAUUUAUAUUUCGCCACCCACCUACAGCAGUAACUACAGGUGAAAAAUUGAUAUCGCCCAUUAUACAGGAUGUCUCAAAAUAAGUUAUUACAAAAAACUUUUCUUUUUAAUGGA